AUGCGUUCCAUCGCUCCCAUCCUUUCGCUGGUCAUUGCCUUCGCGAUGGCCACCUAUGUCCAGGCACAAAUGCCGAACAGGCGCCUAUUCAGUGAGUGUCGCGACCCGAUGCGCGCGAAGCGGGUGAAACGAGGUGCGAGUAGCGACUCCGUGAUGCUGACAGCGUCACCCUUCUACUUUGCAGGGAUUGAAUACCCCGCAGGUCGCCGCGCAGACGCCAAAGCGUGGUGGCAAGGUGCUUGCUCGCUCGUCCUUCAAGACAAAGACUUGGCUUUCAACAACUACUUUCGCGUCAUGAAAGACGAAUCGAAGACGUACGGUGUGGGUCAAUGCGUGUCUGGCAACGAAGUGGAGUGAGCGAAUGAUGUGCUUGGCUAGUGCGAGCAUCGGUGCAGAGGCUUACUUCUUCUGUGCUAUGCCCUUCACACUAGCCAAAUCGACCCCAAGAAUGCGGGCGAUAUCGCCGCGCACGUCGUCACCCAGACGCAUGUACCAGAAGUUAUCGAGCGCCUCGGAAAGGGAUGGAGCAUUCACCAUACCAAUUAA